GGAGGCAACGCUUUCGAUUCCAUCAUCCUGCCCAACUCUGUAUUUCCCUCUCCGAUUUCCCUUUCCCCUCCAUUGUAACCCUACACCUGCAGAAUUAUUCCCUGCAAUCCUCCUGAUUAUUGCAAUAAAAUCCCGCCAUUCCCGGUGGAGACAACGCAGCUUUGCUUGGGAACAUCCUGCAAGAGCAGCCCAUCACCCGCUAAACUCGAGUUCCUGCACCCGCUCGGCCUCUGCCGUCCAAAACUUUUUUUCUUUUCUCUCUUCUGCAGCAAUAAAAAAAAAAGGUCAACGAACAACACAUCGCACCCCCGCCACGUUGUCGCUUGAUUAGUUUCCUGCCCAAUACACCGCUCCUUACAUCCCGCGAUCGGAGUCGAAUUCCAAGAAAAAAAGAAUAAAGAAAAGAAAAGCAAAGCAAGACAACCAUUUCAAGUCCCAACCAACCAUGGCCCCGAAACGCUCCCGCGACGAUACCACCACCGCCGACGAGAAGCGGGAAACCACCAACGAUGCCCCCGUGAAGAAGAGAAAGGGUUUCAGCGUCGGCCCUGCAAAUCUCCCAGAUGGAACAUACCGUCGCAAGACCCAGAAAAUUAAAAACGACCUAAUUCAAAAAGCCAAAGUCAAAAAGGCCUACGCCAAAGUUCGCGCCGCCGAGCUUGCCGCCGCUCCAUCUAGACCCAUCUACACCGACGAUGCCCAAGAUCAAGACGAGGAGAGCAAGCGCGCGGACCCGGCCCCGGCGUCGUUGGAACUUCACCCGGACCGGCAGGCUAUGCUAGACCAGCCGGCGCCGGAGCCCGAACCUACUCCUGCUGGUAGACCGCAGCGUGGGGAGAAGCGCAAUGCGAAGGGCCGUCGUGAAAGAAAGCCCAAGCCCUCUGCAUUUGCUCGAGAGAUGGAAAUUGCGGAGAAGCGGAGGAAGGAGGCGGAGAAGCGUAGGGAGGAGCGCGAGUUCAGGCAGAAGGAUCGCGAAGCGAUGGCGCGCGCAAAACGGCCGGAUCAGGCUGGGAAGAGGAGAUUGGGGAGGGAGAGUAAGGUGUUGUUGGGUCGGGUGGAACGGUUGGUUGGGAAGGCAUGAGAUGAUGAUGAUGCAUGGCAGGGCAGUUUCAAUGUUGAUUUGAUUGCGAAGGUGUUCAAAAGUUUGAAUAUGAUACCCACUAG